GCCAAAUAUACCAAAAGAUAAACCAAGCCAGGAAGUGGUCUGUGCAAACCAGGAACCAUUGCUCUGUUUGGUAACGUGGUCUACAGCGGGUUGCUCAACGAGCACUUCUGGCACUUCGGGGUUCCCCUCGUCACUAGACUGGGUAACCAAGAGGCCCCAGCUCCCCCUGAAGCCAUGGCCCAACCCUUCCCCCCAGGCCAGUACCCCCCCCCACCACAGAACGGGAUCCCCGCUGAAUACGCCACGCCCCACGCCCACGCCCACCCCCACCCCCCGGCAGACUACACAGGACCCAACACGGUGAACGAGCACGCCCUGACACUGUACACGCCGACACACUCACAGAGCGAACAGCCGGGAAACGACAGCAACACCCCCAACCUCACAGCCAACACAGUAACGCAGGCAGAAGAGGCUGCACAGACGGAGGUUUCCCAGCUUCACCUGCAAUCCAGCGACUCGUCGGAGAAGCAGCAGCCCAAGAGGUUACACGUCUCCAACAUCCCGUUCCGUUUCCGAGAUCCUGACCUCCGGCAAAUGUUCGGGCAAUUUGGCAAGAUUUUGGACGUGGAGAUUAUUUUUAACGAACGAGGCUCCAAGGGCUUUGGGUUUGUAACAUUUGAAACGAGUGCAGAUGCUGACCGUGCGCGGGAGAAACUAAAUGGUACAAUCGUAGAGGGACGCAAAAUAGAGGUCAACAAUGCCACAGCCAGGGUAAUGACCAACAAAAAAGUGGCAAACCCUUAUACAAACGGCUGGAAGCUGAAUCCAGUGGUCGGAGCGAUGUACGGUCCUGAGUUCUAUGCAGUGACAGGGUUCCCGUACCCCAGCACAGGAGCAGCUGUGGCCUACAGAGGUGCCCAUUUGAGAGGGAGGGGUCGCGCCGUCUACAACACGUUCCGUGCUGCACCCCCUCCUCCACCCAUCCCUGCCUAUGGAGCUGUGGUCUACCAGGAUGGCUUUUAUGGUGCAGAAAUAUAUGGCGGGUAUGCAGCGUACAGAUAUGCCCAGCCAGCUGGUACUGCUGCAGCUGCGUACAGUGACAGUUAUGGCAGAGUCUAUGCAACAGCAGACCCAUAUCACCAUGCGAUUGGUCCUGCUGCUACCUACAGUGUGGGGACUAUGGCUAGCCUUUACAGAGGAGGGUGCAGUCGCUUCACUCCCUACUAGAAAGAGAGAGACACGCCCCAUUUGCUCUCCCGCAAAACAGACACUCAAAAAACAGCAACAAAUGAAAUGCCUAAAUGAUCAUCUUCACUCUCUUCAUGGAAAAAAAAAAAUGCUUCCAGGUGACAAAUGGGACCAUGAACUGCAAAUCACUCUCAAGUUGCUUCCCUAUGUUCAGAGUGUCUCAUUGUCAUUUAUUGAUGUAAUGUAUCUUUUUUUUUUAAAGAAGAUUUUGUUACCCUUUUGUUUUGACUUGAAUGUAUUUGCAUUGACAUGUCUGUAUAGUGUUAAUAGACAACAACUGUCAAUGUAGACAAACUGUAGUCUCGCUCCUUCUCACUCUUUGGACCACAACUCUCUUAGGGGUGGCUUUUUGUGCUUCUUUUAAUUCCAUCCUAUUUCCCUACCUUCAUUGUUUCAAUAACUCCUUUUCCCCAUAUAGGUUGCCUGCUCAGAGCUUUAUUGUGAACCCGGAAGUGUUGAGUACCUCUACAUUUUAUGUUAGAAAUGUAAAGUACAGUUCCCCAGCACGUAGAAACUGCCGAAUGCUAACAUGUAUAUGUUAAACAAUUUGCACAAUUGGCAUAAGUUGCCUUAAUUAGCAUUAAUUAGCAUUAUAGCCAAUGUGUUAAAUGGCUAUAGUUAAAAAUGGCUUGGCCGAUUUGGAACAUUUUUGAGGGGUUACUGAGGAUGCUUAAAGCAAUUUUGACAUUUUAAGAAUCAACAUUGGCGGUUUUAACCAUAAAGUGGCCAUAUUUGUACUGAUGAUGGACUGAUUUUGAUACAUUUUGGGUCGAUUUGAAAGUUUUAGGGGAUCAUUUGGAUUGGACAGAUUGCUUAUCUACAGUAUUUAAAAAUAAAUUGUCAACAGUAGAGGUAAUCAAUUUCAUUUUGAGCUCUUUAUAUCCAAUGGUCGCAACACUAAUGGUAGUCAAAAUCAGCCUGAUAAUGGAAGAAAUGGAUUCAGCAUCCUCACUAACCCCCAAAACCACUCCGAAAUUGUCCAAAUCUGCCAAGCCAUUUUGUAACUAUUGUCCAUGUGGGCUAUAACGCUAAUUAAUGCUAGUUAACUCAACGUAUGCUACUUGUGCAAAUUGCUCAACAUUAUGCAUGUUGUCAUCCGGCAGUUUCAAUGUGCUGGGGACCCGUACUGUACAUUUCUAACAUAAAACAUUGGCCUACUCAACAUUUCUGGGUUCACAGUGAUGGCAACUAGAAUUAUAUACAUUAAAAUGUUCAGCAAUUCCAGUUUGGACAGCACAUGGCACAUUGGAUUAAUUAAAUAAAUGAUACAGCCAUUCCACCCCUUAGAGAACUGGCUCAAUUCUAAGUGAGCCAAUAGAGCUGAUUUUCAGCCUGACCCAAUGGGACUCACACCUAAUGGUGAAACUGCUACCAGGAAGUGAUGCAUUUUAUAACCUAGAAGGUGAGAGGAGGAGCGUGAUGUAUUACCGAAUCUGAAUGCAUGAGGAAGUGAUGUAUAGCAGGGUGUGAUGCAAGAGCUAUGGCAGCCAUUGUCAGAAUAGGCAGCCGUGUGAGCCCAUUGAUCGUUGGCAUAGUGCCAGAGGCAGGAGGUAUCCCAUUACUGCUGAAAAGCUUUAUAGGAGAAAACAACAUUCUUUUCUCACUCUCAUCACGUCCAGCACAUACCAAGCAAUAAUCCUAUAUUUGAUCUAUACCCAUAUAUGGAGGAAUACUGAUACAUAGUUUUGACUCCAUAGUGAACAGAUGGAAGACUAUGAGAAUUUAGUUUUAAAAAGACAUCUCAUGAUCAUUGGUGUGCAGAACAAUAUAAAGUAUACUAAAGGAUGUCGCGAACACGUUUACCAGGCUAACUUGUUAGCCAUAACAAUUGUCUACACAAACACCCACAAAACAGAGAUACACAAUAUUAUUAAUUUGUCAUUUGUGUCCACCUCGUGAAAAAAGUCAGACUUUCCCACUCCUUUUAGCUCUGGUUUGGUCUACAAUAGGCUGGUGACUGAAUUGCAUUUAGUUUCACCCUAUUUUUCCAGUUAGCUACUUUCUUGGCAUCAAAUUUCAAAUCAAAUUUCUUGGCAUAGCUAAUAAUAACUUUUGAACCCAGUGAUAUCUAACGUUAGCGAACAUCUAAACGUGUCACCCUAAUUCAAAUUAAAACAAUUUGAUUCUUGCAAUUCAAUCAAUUUGACCGAUUCAAUUCAGCAGAUUCUGAUUCAGAUACAAUACGUUUUACCAUUUUACUAUUACUAUCACCUUCUAUAUGUUUACCAGAUCAUGAAAUACCUCUGAAAACUAAACACAUGUUGAGUAUGAAACAGAUACAUCUUCAUUGUCUACUGUUCGAUUAGAGGCAAAAGUUAAAGGGAAAAUAAGUUAUCGGGCGUCUAUCGAUAUAAGUUUUCUUUUUAUAUAAAUAUUAAGUAAGCUUUACACAUUUCUUUGGAUUUGUUUAUUGUUAGCAUUGACAGUGGAUUACUGUAGGAGCUUCACUGGAGGUUAUUGUUUUGGUAUAGAUUGGCUGAAAUGGAGACAGGUGUAGAUCCAGGGAGGAAACCGUGCUGUGUCUCCGUAUCGAUUCCUCUCUGUCUCAGUCAUCUGUCUUUGCUCUGAGGAAACAGACUUGUGAUGUUCUCCUUCACCCACACAUUCAGGCCAUCACUUUGGGUGUAAAGAAAAACAAGGAUAUAUAGAUCCCAAAAUGCAAGCAAUACAAAAUAUUACAAGCACCACAUAUUAGAAACACACAAUAGAGCAUAAAUCAAAAUGUUUUAUAUAGUUUCAGCUACAGUCUGGAAUAGUCGCACGUCACUAAAAACCAAACUGGUUUAAACUAGUAUGUAGGAGUACUAGUUCAUUGUUUUAGUAAUUUCAGUACAAUCUUAGAAAUAGAAUACAACAACAUUUCCUGCUGUUGGCACAAAGACAAAUCGCUAAUGACAGGGAUUUUAAGAAUUACAAAGUAAGAUAACAAAGGGGGAAAAGGAUGAGAAGCCCAGUGUUGGAAGUGUAACAUAAGACAAUGUAAAAAUUAAAUAAGUAGCUUGAUAAACACCAAAAAACGCCAAUUUCUUGACCAACUGAACAAAUAGAUAUUGAGUUAUGGAUGUUCUGCACUUGGGGCUUGCUUUUUAAUCAUUAAAACAAAUUAGAAUUCCAUUAAUGUACAAUGACCUUUAACCCUGUAUCAUGCAUUGAACACAAGUACAGGGUUCAUCUGAAUUAGUUAAAUGUGUCCAAAUUCAUGCAAGAGGAAAUGAUCUUGUAUUGAAAUUCACAGCUUGCAUGUUUCAAAUGUAAUAGGACAGGCCCCAGAGCAGCCCGAGACAAAGUGAUGUUAAUUCAUUUAAAUAAUUUCAAAGAUAUGUAAACGGAAGUCUGCUUAACAACCUAUUAUGUCGUGCCACAAUUAACCAGAAAGUCCUACGUUUACCUUUAAAAGCAUGAAACAUACACGUAAACCAACAUUGUGGUAUCAUUAGAUAACUAUCAGCAAUGUCAUUUUUACAUCACUCACCAAAGUGUUACUGUUAAUGGCAAAUAAGACAAAGUUUAGAAAAGAAUACAUGCAUUGGUUUUGUCAUGUAUCCACUUCAGGAAUUGACACAUGAACACAUAUGCUAGUCCACAGGGAUACAGCUCCUUCAAUUUACUGAGAGGAAAUGUGGGUAUGAAUCAUUAACUUGAAGCUGAUAUCAGUCGGAUAUAUUAGCAAACGAAUGGUCUGGUCCCAACAUGCACUGCCUGAAAUGCUGAGGAGACAUAUGCUAAGAGCAACCCUCCCUUAUUCGCCCAAGCAUUCAGCUACCCACCAAUCUCACUCACUCUCACACAGCUACACACACACACACACACACACACACACACACACACACACACACACACACACACACACACACACACACACACACACACACACACACACACACACACACACACACACACACACCACACACUUCCCCACCAGUAAGUAGCAUCUGGGCCUGCUGUGUCUGAUGGGAUCGUAAAGAGGGGAGUCAGUAGCGCAGGAAGAAAGAGAAGAAGCAACCGAGGCAAUUUACCCCGCAGAUUAGAGAUAAGAGAGUUCAGUCAAUAAGCACUGAUCUCAUUUGAAGAUAUACCAGUCUGACUAGACUCUCUCUCUCUCACACACUCUCACACACACACACACACACACACACACACACACACACACACACACACA